AUGCAGAAGCUACCCCCGCCAACACUACAUCAUCUGAGUUCAUCUUCGUCCCUGCGGGUGCUCUGGGCUCUUGAAGAGCUAUUCCUUUCAAGCGGAUUAGAAUACAACCUGAAAAACUACAAACGUGUAAAGGGACGAGCACCGGAAGACCUUAAGACGGUAUUCCCACUAGGAAAGUCACCCGUUCUUGAAAUUCCAGGGGUCAAUCUAUUCCGCCCUUUGCCAUUCCUACACGACGACAGCAGCAACAAUAAUGAAAUAAAAACAAUCAUGACAGAAUCUCGUCUGAUUCUACAACUACUCUCGGACAAAUACUCCAAUGGCGAAUGGGUUCCCGAAACAGCCGAGGACAAGGAACGCGAUUCCUAUUUCCUAGAAUUUGCCAAUUCAUCCUUAACUGGAGUCGUAAAUAGUAUCUUAUACUUUGAAAUCAUCCCGACCAUGUCACCCUGGUUAGUCCGUCCAUUGAUGUCCGCAAUCUUCAACCCCAUUGCAAAGAUCCUCAAACAGGGUCUGGAUCCUCAUUUUGAUCUCAUGGAACGUGCUCUAUCGGAUGAGAAGCCGUGGUUUUCAGGCUCCAAGAUUGGGCUGGCGGAUUUUACGUUGACGUUUCCGAUGGAUACGGCGGUUCAGAGACAGUUUUUGGACGAGAAGAAGUAUCCGAAACUGGCGGGUUGGGUGAAGAGGGUCCAUGAUAGGCCGGCUUAUCAGAAUGCGUUGAAGAAGGGGGGUUCUUAUGAUUUGAUCAGAUAUGAUAACUAG